ACAUUUCGAAAUAUAUCGUUUAAGAAUCUUAUAUUUUUAAUUUAGAUGCAUAAUUUUAGCCAAAUGUAUCCAUAUUGACAUUUGUGGGAAUUUUAGGGAUAAUUCUGAGAAAUAUUAGGUUAAACUAAAAAAUUAAGCGGAAACACUGGUUUGAAGUUUUGAUUUGACCGCUUCAAGUGAUGAAAAGCUGGCCGCCGCCGGCGGAAGUUAUAUUGUUUUAAAUUCAGAAUUUUAGUUUUUUGGGAUCGCAUUUUUCUUAUUCUUGGAGUUGAUAGCUACUGUCAACUUGUUCUACCACAUAGAUACGUAUUCUGCACUUCACUGCACUUUUUAAAAAAAUAGGAAUAACUUUAACCUGUUGUGAAGAUGAUGUAUUUAGGAGAUCCAUUUCCGAAUUUUACUGCUAAUACAACUGAUGGUGAAAUAAAUUUUCAUGAUUGGCUUGGAGAUUCAUGGGGCAUCCUCUUUUCCCACCCAUCUGACUUUACUCCAGUGUGCACAACAGAGCUGUCUCGGGUGCUCAACCUUCUGCCAGAGUUUUUGAAACGUAACACCAAAGUGAUUGGCUUGUCUUGUGAUACCGUCUCCUCACAUUUGGAGUGGUGUAAAGACAUCAAGAGUUAUGCUGGAUGUAAUGAAGAUGAGCCAUUCCCUUACCCAAUAAUAGAAGACAAAAACAGAGAAAUUGCCAUGAAGUUGGGUAUGAUUGACAAGGAUGAGUUGGACCAUGUUGGAAUGCCGCUUUCUGCACGAGCUGUGUUUAUCGUAGACCCUAACAAGAAGUACAGAUUGUCGUUCCUGUACCCAGCCACCACUGGAAGGAAUUUUGAUGAGAUUCUUCGUGCGCUGGACUCUCUGCAGCUAACGGACAAAGCCAAAGUAGCGACACCUGUGGACUGGAAGAUGGGCGAUGACUGCAUGGUGUUGCCGACUCUUCCAGAAGACCAGGUGAAAAAAGUGUUCCCGCAAGGAGUGACUGUAGUACCGCUGCCCUCUGGGAAGUGCUAUCUCAGGAAGACUCCUUGCCCUAAGGUCUAAAAUGCAUUGGCAAUUUCAUGUUAUGUUUGUGUUUAAAACGGUCCUUGUGCCUUGUUAUUUUUUUAAUAAAGUGUAUUCUUAUACAAAAA